GGCUCGGUCUUUUUUCAAUUUCUAAUCUCAUCUAUACCGUACUUACACUCCACUUGUAUUUUUGCUUUGUAUCUAUUCACCUGUAUUUGUUUCAAGAUGGCAUCAAAAACCUGCUUAGGUUCUACUUUCUAGGUGGUAGCGUAUUCUCGAUUGCAUUAACUCCGGUUAUCGACCUCCAUUUCUAUUGAUCCUACGAGAACGAAGCAACAUAGAAGCAAAGUUCUGCGCGCAGCUUGGACACCGUGGAAUUUAUUGCGAACCAAAGAGGAGUUGGAGCUCCAGCUGCUGUUCUUUACCAUCAACGAGCUCCAUCAACAGAAAAAGUGUCAACAGGUUUCGAUGUUUCUAUCCAAAAGUGCGCUCGACCUACGUAGCACUGCGCCGUCAUUCUGGUCUCAUUGCAUAAGAGCGACAAAGUAAGAUAAAUACGUAGGAGCACAUUCGGACUACUACAUACUUUGACUUUUCUGACUCUGAUUCUACUAUCGACAAAACUGCAAGAUGAGCGGAGUCACUGCAGCCCCAGCCGCCAGCACUAGUGGUGCGGCACCGGCCCAAGAAGUGGGUGAAACGGCCAAGCAGCUAUUGACAAUUGGCGUCGCAGACAACAACCGCGCAAAAUGCCGGUACUGCUUGGAACCUCUAAAAACUGGCGACCGGAAGGUGACUAUGGAAGCCUUUAUGUUGGGGAGAACUUGCGUGAUUUCCAAACACCUCAACUGCUUUGUGGAGAAGGACGUGUCGAUUGAAAUUGCAGACCGAGGCAACGCAGGAGCCUGCAAGCGAACGAAGGAGAAACUGCAGAAAGGACAGCCUCGCUUUGUCAUAUACAGUACUCACUUUUUCACGCGUGUUGCUGUUGGGGUUGGCAUGUCUUAAAUGCGGCGAAUCUUCGAUAUGCAUGAUGUGCCAAAAGCGGAGAAUUCGAAGUAAGGCGCGUGAUGAACGAAAAGCUGCAGGUGCCACGUGCCUAAUGUUCGCGGCAGAUAGCAUUCUUGCAGCUGGACCACAUUAUUCAACAACGACAACCAUCACUCAGGUAUUCCGAAAAAGCCCGAGUGUGGUGGAAAUGGUUCGCGAUUUUUCCUGAGCAUGCAGGGCGCCAGCGCGCUAUCGCCGGUUCUACGACAAUACGUCGCGGACAACAAACUGAAAGAGCCGGCCAACCUCAAUGCCAUUCUCGCUGGAUUUUCCUCUCUUCCAGCGGACAUUCAAGUCGAGGUGACGCAAGCGCUUGGGUUUUCUGCAGCGUCCACCUCCGCGAAUUCUAAGCUGGACAAAAGCAGCAUAGCUCGGCAAAAAUCAAGUGACGAAAACGCAUCCGCACAAAAAGAAAAAGGUAAAGCAGCAAAUCGCGCGGCCAAAGAACAGACUCUGAACAAGCAGCAGACCACGAGUACGAGUAAAAAUGCAAAAGGCAGGGAGGCUAAAACCACCGUAAAACCUCCACCGUCGAGAAAAGCGAAACAGACAUCGAAUAAUGGAGCGUCAAGUACAAAGAAGAAAACUCCAGUUGCAAAAACUUCAGCCAAAUAGUUCGUGACCGUCAUGCGUCUGCGCAUCAAAUCUGGAAAAAUUUUCAUCGAUCAUAACGUUAAGGUUAACGAGAAGUAGUACAUUUAUUUGUUGCUUUUUCGCGAAGCGAGGCAUGAG